UUCUCUCACACCUUUCUCACUUUUUAUUCUCUCAAGUCUCAACCUCCUUCUUCAUCUUCCUCUCUUUCUUGGCCAUGAGCUGCUCAAUUAUGAAAACCCUUCAGAUUCGUAAACCCACUUCUCUCCCUAUCUCUUCCACCACCACCACAACAACAGAUGAGCCGGGGCUUAUCCGCCGCCGUCUCUCUUCUCUCUCGCUAAAUCUCUCACGUAACCAACCUUCCAGUACCGUGCCAAGACCCAAGUCGGUCUCAAGCAUGGGAGAGCAAGGAGGUAGCUCCGUGAAAGAAUGGUGGGAAUGGAGUUGGUCAUUGGUUCUUUUCAAGAAGUUACCAAUCUUUUUCACGGAUCUUGAGGUUAACAAGAACGAAACCAAACCAUCAUUAAUGGGGAAUCAACAAAGAGGUAGUAGCUUUAUCGCCGUCUUCUUUAAACUCCGAUCUGAGAUCCGCCGUCUCCUACGUUCUUCCUCCGAGUCUCUUCCUCUAUCUUACAAACACGGACAGCGAUGACGUUACAGCCUUCUCUCGUUUUGAGGUUUUAAGACUUUUUCAUGUGUGUCGUUACUUUCAUUCAUAUAAAUUCUCUUAUUUCAUUUCUUAAUUACGAUGUAUAAUCUGCUUGAGUUACCUAUCAUUUCCUAGAAUUUGUUAUUAUUAUUAUUAUUUUUUUUUUU